AUGCCUGAUGCGUCUAGUGUUGUAAUAACAGCUGUGCUAUUAAUACUUGUUGUUGUGGACGUCGUGGGCAAUACACUUGUUUGUUUAAUCAUAAAACGAUAUCUUCGCACAAAAAAUCCCAUAAAUUAUUUACUUCUGAAUCUGGCCAUAUCUGAUAUCCUAUUCGCAUUGUUCAUCGCACCAAAGAUUAUCGUCAGCUUCAACAUGAGUCACCCGGACGGAUUGGCAGGUGUGGUACUUUGCAAGCUUUUGACGGGUGGAAAUAUAGCCUGGGUUGCAGGAGUUUCGUCAGUUGUCACUUUGGUUGCAAUUGCCUUUGAAAGAUAUUACUCAGUAUUAUAUCCCAUUGCCAGAGAAAAGAAUCUUUCACGGCGCAAACUGAAGAUAAUAGUUCUUGGCGCUUGGGUGUUCGCAGCAUUUUUGAACAUACCAUUAUUCUUGGCUAGGACUUUCGACAAGGAGAAAAGCAGCAAAAACUGUGUUCAGAGUUGGCCUGAGAAGUGGAUGUCCACGACUUAUUGUUUGGCGUGUUUGGUUUUGGUUGUCGUUUCUGUGGGAAUAAUGGUUGUCCUCUAUUCUACUGUCGUGUACACAUUGUGGUUCAAACGUAAUGAAAACAAAAGAAUCAACUAUCAGCAAAAAGGCGUCAUAAAGGUUCGGAAACGUGUUACCUUGAUGGCUAUAGCAGUCAGUUUCAUCUUUGCGGUUUCCUGGGGAGCAGAAUCAGUUGAAUACGCGUUGAGGACUCUUACAACUCUCGAAAUCAGCUUUGUUCAUAUUGUAGCUGUUGAUAUGAUGGUAUUGUUCAAUUCAGCAGUCAACCCGUUCGUGUAUGCCCUCCUGAACCAUCAGUUCAGAAACAACAUCAAGAGAGUGAUUUGGUGUAGUGGUACACCAGAACCCAGGACUGGGGAAAAGGAAAUCACAAGCCGAAGUUCUGAUCAUGAACGCACUACUGAAAUAUGA